AUGUCAAGAGCUUCGUCGGUUGGAUCUCAAUCUCAAUCACUCAGUGACAGCAGUUUCUCUCGCACCUUCAAGUACUUGCUCGCUACGCAAUUCUUGUCAAGGGGAAUUCCAUUUAUAUUCAAUGCGUGGAUCGUCAGGCACCUUUCAGUUGAGGACUUUGCGCUCUAUGGAGUACAAUUUCCUCUUUUUGUCACCUGUGUACUGUUUCUCAGUCGUGAGGGAGUUCGGCGAGCAUGCCUGCGGGCAGACAUGAAAAGUGAUGGUACUUCAACAGAAGAAAAUAUAGCAAAGAUAAUGACAUUUGCCUGGUUAAUUCCCCCAUGUGGAAUUCUUCUUACUGUUGCAGCAUGCGGUGUUGUCUUCUGGAAUAAAGGCUUAAGCUUUUCUGAUCCAUAUGGGCAAGCAAUCUUGAUUAAUGGCUCUGCAUGUAUUUUUGAACUACUGGCAGAGCCCUUGUAUAUCCUUUCUCAGAACUUGCUUCUGCUUAAACUAAGGCUAGUAGUUGAGACAGUUGCUACUCUUUCCCGCUGCAUAACAAUGUUCAUUCUCAUUGUCAAGCAAACUGACAUGGAUAAAGCGAUUGUAUUUUCAUUGUCACAAACUGCAUAUGGAGUGUGCUUGUUCCUAGGUUAUUGGGCCUAUUUUCUUCUUUUUGGUACAUGUAGAAGUUCUGCUAUUUUCCCAUUCAGGGUAAAGAAUAAGAAGCAUUAUGAUGAGCAGCUGUCUGACAUGUGUAAAUUGUUUACACUUCAAUCCUUCAUGAAGUUGAUCCUUCAAGAAGGACAAAGUCUUGUCCUUUUAUGGUCGGCGACAUAUUAUAACCAAGCCGUAUAUGGACUUGUGGACAAAUUAGGGAGUCUAGUGGUGAGGCUGGUGUUUCUUCCUUUUGAAGAAAGUUCCUAUGCUACAUUUGCAAGGUCUGCAUCAGGAAAAGACCCAAAUAAAGACAGGAGGCUAGGAAGUAGCCUUACAGAGGCCCUUAAACUGGUUUUGUUAAUAGGUCUUGUAUUCAUGGCGUUUGGUCCAAGUUAUGCUUAUUCUCUCAUCAGAUUGUUGUACGGACAGAAAUGGAGUGAUGGGGAGGCAUCAAUAGCCCUUCGAUAUUAUUGCAUUUAUAUAAUUGUUCUGGCUAUGAAUGGAACAUCAGAAUCAUUUCUACAUGCCGUUGCAAAAGAAAAGCAACUAGUACAGUCAAACCUUUCAUCGUUUAUGUUCGCAAUAAUACAUGUAGUACUGAAUAUCCUGCUGAUCAACUCAGCUGGUGCAGUUGGCUUAAUUUUGGCAAACUCAAUAAAUAUGAUCCUGAGAAUAGCGUACUCUGGGGUAUUCAUCAAGCAAUAUUUCCAGAUGCUUACCUUCAGGAUGGAAGGUCCUACUGUUUUCAGGAAUAACAACUAUUAUUUCUGA